AUGUCCUUCUUCUGGGAGUGUAAUGAUGAAGACUUGCUGCUGCUGGGCCUGCUUGGCCGAAGAGGAGUUCUGCGCCAGCUUCCGGAGGACGUCUUCCAGCGCGUGGCCUCGUUCCUGGCACCUCUGCCGAAUCAUCCCGCCCAUGCAGGCUGGCUUUGUUGGCGCCGAGUUUCUGCUUGGUACACGCGAAAUGGAUGUAUGGAUGUCGUGCACCUGGUGAUCUCGGACAGAUGUUUGCUGAAAAUCUGGCUUUCGGAUCCUGAAGCCUUUGAGACCGCAAAGCAAAUGAACACGAUGCUACCUCUUCAGACAACAUCAGCGCAGUCGCAGCUCGAGUCGCCAAUAGUUGCGCAUGUCAGCUUUCGCUUGCAACCCGGCUGUGACUUGGAGUCUGUCCUGCACGGGGACAUCUCUAUUUUGGCGCGAAGCUCAUCGGCCUCGGUCAGAAUCAGUGGUUCUGCAAGGAUCUACCCGUGGGAGAUUCGCCCUCGAGACCUGGAGCAAGAACGCUGUGCUAAGCUCUGUGCUACCUGA